UCUGCUUGCGCCCUAUCGACCACGAGCACGCCGCCGCACCGCCACACUGCGCCACUCCGCCGACCAGUGUACCGCCGAGCGUCGCGACGGCCACGUGACGACGGGAUGCCGUCCACCGUCUACGAUGGAGCUGCCCCGCAUCGCCUCCCAGACCUCGAUUUGUCCGCCCAGCAUCCAGCUGCUGACCGAGUACGGGAAGCCGCGCACUCCGGUCAGCAGGAAGCUGUUGCAGCAGCAGCAGCAACAGCAAGCUGAACCGCAGUUCGCCGUCCUUCCGUCGGCCCACUCCUACCAGCCGAGCAGGAGACGAGAAGAGGCGCGCACCCUCCAGAAUCUGAGGAAGAGGCUGCAGGCUGUCAGGGUGCUCCAGGCCAACAAGCCGGAGCCCAUUGAGGCCCUAUGUGCCAACAACAAUCUCAGUCCGGAGGAGAUUGACAACCGGCCCAAUCUUCUUCAAAAGAUUCUACACAACCGUCCCGUUAGCAUAGUUUUAGACAUUUCCGAAAUUCGAACGGCAUGGCAGGACAGCGACUUCAUCACCGAUUGCCUCUGCUGGCACAACGUCUACAGGCAAAGACACGGAUCACCUCCACUAUCCAUGUCAUCUGAGCUCUGUUAUUUGGCUCAAACGUGGGCGAAUCAUUUGGCCCACACGAAUCGAUUUUACUACAGAAACGACAAAGACAUUGGCCAAAAUUUAUUCUGCAGGCCAGCUAAUUCGAUUGUGCUCGACAUCACAGGACAAGAAGUGGCGACUUAUUGGUACAGUGCAGUUCGGCAAUACGAUUUUAGGAAGGAACCCGAUGUUUUACACGUCAAUGUUAACGCAGGCCAUUUCACCCAGUUAGUGUGGUCGAGUUCCCGCUACUGCGGUUUGGGGAAGGCGACGUCCCGUUCAGGGAAAAUCGUGGUGGUGGCGCACUAUUAUCCCGCCGGAAAUAUAUCGGGCGCUUAUAUGGACAACGUGCUGUCGCCGUCGCAGGCCGAACAUGCCAACCUACCGUUGCCAGCUCCCAGGAGGUUCAUUUCGAGUGGCAGCUCGACAGCUGCCUCCAGUACCACCGGCACCACCGAGAGUGUCUGAGAGUGUAAAAAUGUUAUUGUCGUUUUUGCAUAACUGUUAAUUUUGUAUAAACGAAUCCAAUAAUCAAACCUAUGUGUAAAUUUGAAACACAACAAUAUGUAAUAGUUCCCGUGAAGCUUCGGCAAAAUAGAAAAUCAAUGCAAUGUGCUUAUGAUAGAUAAGAAUUGACGUAGUAGUGAAGUUGUUGGGAAAGUAUAAUGGAUUUUGGGAGUGGUUUUGGUCGUAAAACUUUUGUUACAACCACCGCAUGUUAUUGGAAAAAAUAGUUUAAACCGUUCGAAUUACUUUAAUGCCUUUAAUGGGACUUGUUAUUAUGGUUUAAAUGUUAUAAAAUAAUUGUAGUAUUAAAAAUACAUUAGUUUAAUUGAUUCACUGAAAUCCUUAGUGGCCCAUUCCACAAAGUCGAUUAAACACCCAAUAAAAUAGUAGAUAUUUUUUGACUGAUUAGAGUUUUAGUACAAAUAAUUCUAUAAUAAUUUUAUAAUUAAUAUAGUACAAAUGUAUAUAUUUGUUAGGACUUGUAUCUAAAAUCAUUUUUCCAAACUUCCUUAUUAAACUUUCAAAAUUCGCUUAUAUUGCUUCUCGUUUAAUAUUACAUUUUAAAGGUGAAGCGAAAAGAACGUAAAACUCGGCGAAAACCAUCAAACAGUGCCAAGUUCUUUUCGUGAAUCUGGAUAGAUUACUAAAAACUUAGAACAACGAGGUAAAACUUUGAUGAAGAAGGAAUUAACCAAACAAAGUAUUAAAGCAAUCUUUAGACUUAUCUAAUGCCUAAACAAUCAUGUUAUUAAUACUAGACUUCAAACGACUAGAAUAUCUUUUUGAUACUAGUCACUUCUUACUUAUAUUUAUUCGAAAGCUAACCCAGAAAAUUAGCAUUCUUUGGGGGUGUUUUAGGAAGCAGUAGUUAUUUACCUAUCUAAAAUUUUACAUAUACUGUAGAAUCUUUUUGCACAUUUCUCUAUAAAUCUUGAUGCACUGAACUAUUAGAUAUAAAAACUCAUACACAAAGCCUCGCAUUAAUAUUAUUAGCUUUGCAAUUGUUAAUUUAUUUUUAGAACGUUACGUAAUUUUGCUGUUUUUGGAAUAAUAUAUCAAAUUUUUACGUUAUAUUAUUCCGGAAGCACGUUCAAACCGUCUUCCAAAAGUGAAAUCUGCGUCCGAAAUUAUUAUAAUAUUCAUCGCCUAAUUAGAUAUUAAUUCUUGAAAUUGUUUGCAGUUUUGCAAAUGUAUAAACUUAGUUCUUCCGCCUAAUAUUAUUAUGUAAUCGUUGCGAAGAUUUUUAUUAUAUUUUUGUAAUGAUUUAUACUAUCCAAAAAUAAACCAAUGUGAUAAUUUUUGAAUAAUUUGAAUAAAUGUGAAUAAAAAUUAUAUUAAACUUGCAAUAAAUCGAUGUUAAUGUUCGUUGAUGAAACAUAUGAUGACACUCUUAAGCGGAGUGUCAUCCUAUCGAAUCAUACAGGGUGUUGUAUAUACAAUAAUCAAAUUAAAAUCCAGAUAUUUUUCAUUAAGUUACCGCAUUAAAUACCCUGUGUCUAAUAUGGCAAUCAGUGUUCACAAUCAUAUUCAAACAAGCAUGUGCCUACACGCUUAGCUUUUACCAUAUAGACAUAAGAAACAGCAAAAUGUUUGUUUUGUAAUUUUUAAGGAGUUGAAUUAAGUCCUUAAAUUACAAAAUUUAAGACUGUGAUAUAUAAAUCGUAAAAUGUAAACGCAGUACGGAUGAGGGUUAAAUUUGGUCGGAAUGUUUCCGAGUUUAACGCUCGUUCUAAUUUGUAGUUGUCGUUGUUAUUGGCUGUUACAUGUGAAAUAUAAAU